UCGAAAGAUUCCUGGGAGCUGGCGGGUCGCGAGGAAGGAGCCUGCCGCGUGGGCUGCUGGGGCUGGAGGCUGCUCCGGCGCCUGCCUGGCCUCGCGUCUUACGCUGAAUGGAGAUGCCGAGCCGGGGAGCGCGCUUGGAGGACAGCGCUGUGCGGGGACCCACCGACGACUCGACCCCACACAGAGAGGAUCUUCACAGCAAGAUUAAAGAACAAAAAAUUGUUGUGGAUGAGCUUUCCAACCUGAAGAAGAAUAGGAGAGUAUAUAAGCAACAACAGAACAGCAAUAUAUUCUUUCUUGCAGACCGAGCAGAACUGCUUUCUGAAAGCAAAAAUGUAUUAGAUGAACUGAAAAAAGAAUACCAAGAGAUAGAAAACUCAGAGAAGACCAAAAUCAAGAAGUAGUUCACAUGAAUUCACAUAACAAUGUGUGGCAUCUGUUGUUCCGUAAGCUUUUCUCUGGAGCA